CAUUUUUUCCUUUCCUUCUCUCACGCUCCAUUACAGUAGUGACAAACCCAAACUGUUCAUUCAUUAAUGGCUAUGCAAAACCCUAAUCGAAGAAAUUCCCUCUACCCAGAGGUAAUCGAAUCCAAUCCCGAUGCUCCCUCACGUCUCCUUCACACUAAUAGCUCGUCCUCUUCGCAACCCAACCUCUACCCUUCCAUCGACCUCAACGACGUCGUCCAAAACCUCUUCCCCGACGACAUCACCACUGACAGCUCUCCCUCUGCCCCGCCGGCGGUUACCGAAGAUGUCAUCAUCAAGAUCCCCGGUGCCAUUCUCAACCUCAUCGACAAGGAAUACAGCGUCGAGCUCGCGUGCGGCGAUCUCACCAUCAUCCGUCUCCGCCAGGGCGACAACGCCGUCGCCGUCUACGCCCGCGUCGCCGACGAGAUCCAAUGGCCGUUAGCUAGGGACGAGACCGCCGUCAAAGUCGACGACUCGCACUACUUCUUCUCCUUCCGCGUCCCCAAGGGUUCCGAUUCCGACGGUGAGGAAGAGGAUCGCCGGAAAGGGGAUAGAUCCGAUUCCGAUUUGUUGAGCUACGGGUUGACGAUCGCGUCCAAGGGGCAAGAGCAUUUGCUGAAGGAACUGGAUGCGAUUUUGAUGAGCUGCAGUAGCUUCUCUGUGCAGAAGGUUUCGGAGAAGGCGAAGAAGAAGGGGGAGGCUCUGGAUGGGUCGGUGGCGAAGGAGGUUUCACCGAAGGAUUUGGAGUCGGCGAAGAAGAAGGAGAUGAUGGAGGGGCAAUGCGCUGCGUAUUGGACCACGUUGGCUCCGAAUGUUGAGGAUUAUAGUGGAACUGCUGCGAGGUUGAUUGCUUCAGGUUCUGGACAAGUGAUUAAGGGGAUAUUAUGGUGUGGAGAUGUGACUGUAGAGAGGUUGAAUUGGGGAAACAAGGUUAUGAAGAGGAGGAUGUCUUCUGGUUCACAGGCUGAGAUUAGUCCUGAAACCUUGAAGCGGAUUAGAAGGGUUAAGAGAGUGACUAAAAUGACAGAGAAAGUAGCAAAUGGAUUCCUCUCUGGGGUCGUGAAAGUUUCUGGAUUUUUCACCAGUUCAGUGGUAAAUUCAAAAGUCGGGAAGAAAUUUUUCAGCCUUCUACCCGGGGAAGUUGUGCUUGCUUCAUUGGAUGGAUUCGGUAAAGUGUGUGAUGCUGUUGAAGUAGCUGGAAAAAAUGUCAUGUCAACGUCAUCCACUGUGACAACCGAGCUUGUCGACCACAGAUAUGGUGAACAAGCUGCUGAAGCAACAAGUGAAGGGCUUAGUGCUGCUGGUCAUGCUUUGGGUACUGCAUGGGCUGCUUUUAAGAUUAGGAAAGUUAUUAACCCUAAGAGUGUUCUAAAACCUACCACCCUGGCCAAAUCUGGUGCUAAAGCUGCAGCGUCUGAAUUUAAGGCUAAAAAGUCUAAGUGAUAUUCGUCAGGAGUUUGUCAAUUUAGAUUUGGCCAUCCUACAACCAAAAGCUGCUGGUUUCGACUCAACAUUACCCCCUUUUUCUCCUAAAAAAAGGCGGAGAGAAGAUGGACGCAUGAUUUGUGGUUGUUAUUGUUGUAAUUUUUUUAUUUUUUUAUUUUUAGUUUUUGGGUGAGUAUAUUGGAUUUGGAUAUUCUCCUGUUCUUUAGUAAUAGGAUGUAAUUAUUUAUAGAGAGAACUAAACAAUUUUUGUCAUGCAUAGCUUUAUCAUGAUUGAUUAUUAUGGAGUCCACUUAUCCUACACGAUCAUAUUGUUACUGAACCAAAUCGGCGUGCGUGCAUGCGUGCACAAUUCUAUUUAU